GAAGUACGCAAGUUCGAGGCAAUGGGGAAAGAACAGAAAGCAUACCUAGUAAGUAAUAUGUAAGAUACAGUAAACAUCAUGGAAAAAGUUGGCAAAAUUUAAACUUUAAUGCAAUUGAUCAAAUGUUUGUGAUGCCCUAGCCCGCCUGCAAGCAACGGUUUCCUUCCUCGAGUUUUCUCUCUCCUCAAUCACCAGGAGUGCUAUAUGAUUUGCACUUUCUAUGUGGAAUACAAACAUAAACACCUGUAUAUGAAUAUUGAACAGAUGGAAACAUGUGUACUUCACCAGGGACUCAUGCAUAAUGUUGCAUUCUACAUCUUUGGUCUUACACUAAAGCAUGCAUUUCAACUAAGGAGUGCCAUAUGAUUUGAACUUUCUAUGUGGAAGAACUCACUGAGUUGCGAUUUAAAGUUUGAUGAAGAGGAUGUGGUUUAGGUCAGCUUACAUUGAAGUUGAUAUGCCUUGGGAAUUUAAAGGGAAGUGAUCGCGAUAAUAAGCUGAUCAUCAUUUGUAGAAGGUUGGUUCUUCUGCAAAGGAGGAAUUCCUUUAUUACAUUAUCGAAAAAGAAACAUCUGCUACAUUUUUUCAGCAGAUUGAUUGAUUUUUUAAAGUCAAUUAUCACAUAAGGAAUCUGGACAUGGGCACUUUGUCUCAUCAGGAUCUGCAAACCUACCAGAAAAAGGACAUAAUCUCCACACGCUUAGAUCAGGAUAAUGUCAUUAUUGAUGGGAAGAACACAAAGAAGAGGAGGAAGAGGAGGAAUGAAGAGAGCAAAGGCAAAGAUCCAAGCACUGACCUGGUGAUCAAAAAAUUUGGCGGUUGCAGUACCAGACUAUGUGGGGAUCUGUCGCCAACAAAGAUAAUAGAACGUACCACACAAUAUUUGGGAGCUGUCCAAACUGAAUGUCAGCAACAUAUCUUGGAUUCUGAUCCCUUAAUGAAGGAGAUGCUUGUGAAUAGAACAAAGAGGUCACGGAAGAGAAAGAAAGAAUUUGAUGGUCCACUCGAGAACAAGGCAAGCCUAGAGAUUGACAAAAAUUCAUCUAAGACUGUAGAAGUUUAUUCCGUGCAGAUAUUGAAUACAAGUUCGGACAAAUCAGUGAAUACUAAGGAUUGCAUGGAGAACAGUGGUAUUAAGAGUUCGAAAGCUGUUGUUACUUAUGAGAGGAAGAAAAAGAAGAAGAUAAUGAAUGGUAUAUUGGAGAGUUGUGUUCAAUCAUGCAGUGAGAAAAAUAUUUGGGGUUCCUCAAAAUUGAAGAAGGAAAAGAAGCAUGAUGUAUUGUCUUUGAACAGUUUGCAGUUGCCUGAGGAUAAAGCUAGCAAUGGUUUGCUGCAAAGUGCAGAAACUAAUGUUAAUCCAACGAAGGAGGAUGAAGAUGCAGAGAAAAAUCAUUCUUUGGGUGUCAAAUCAGUAGUAGUGAAUGAUCCAAUGAAGAAAAAAAAGAAGAAGAAGAAGAAAAAGAAGAAGUCAAAAGAACAUGAUGUAUCAACUGAAUUAAACCCUCUUCAGAACAACGUGAAUUUUUUGUCAGCAGAAAGUGAACUAGUAGAAGGGGAGAAGUUCAAGAGGGCAAUGGAAGACAGAAUAACUGAUUUUAAGUCUUCAGAUACAAAGUAUGUUGGCUUUUUGUCAUCUAGAGAAGAAAAUUGUCAAAUAUGGGAAACGAAGAUGGAACAGGCAAAGAAGUAUGGUGUUGAUUAUAAAUUUGUAGAGGAGGACAAUUUUCAGUCUUUGCCACUGGAAGCAGAAAGAUAUCCGAUGAAGAAAGAUGAAAUCAACUAUUCUCAACUGGCACAUGAAAGUGAUCAAAUGAAGGAGGAGGAGAAGAAGAGGAGGAGGAGGAAGAAGUGUGAGAUAUUAACUGAUUUUGGGUCUCUAGAAGAGAACCAUAACAGCUCUUUGUCACAUACAGCAGAAAGUGAUGCAGUGAAGGAGAAGACUAAGCUGGAUAACAAACAAGACAUGUUAAUGAAGAUGGAUCUGGCAAAGAAGGAUGAUUCUCAUUAUAAAUUUAUAAGGGAGGACAAUGUUAGUUUUGCGUCAUUUGAAGCAGAAAAAGCAGAAAGAGAUCCAAUGAAGCAUAAAAAUAUCAACUCUUUGCAAUUGGCAGAUGAAAAUUAUCAUAUGAAGGAGGAAGAUAACAAGAGGAGGAAGAAGUGUAAAAACAACGCUUUGUCACCUGCAGCAGAAAUGGACCUAUUGCAGGAAGAGAAAACAAAGCGGGAAACGAAAGAAGACAUUUUAGCUGAAUUUAAGCAUCCAAUGGAGAACAAUAUUGAUCCUAUAAUAUCUACCCUCAAAAGUGGUCAAAUGAAGAAGGAGAAGAAGAUGGCAAGGAACAUAUCAACUGAUGAUAACUCUCAUGAGGAGAAGAAUCUGAACUUUUCCAGCACUGCUGGAGAAAGUGAUCCAAUUAAGGAGAAGAAGAGGAGGAAGAAGAAGGAGGAAGAAGCCAUGAUUUUUUCUGAAGGUAAUAUGCCAUCCCUUGCCGAAUUGGAAAGGGAUGCGAUGGAGGAGGAGGAGAGAAAGAGGGAAGAUAAAGAAAGUGAUUCAAUCAAGGAGAAGAGGAAGAUGAAAAAGAAGAAGGGGAAAGAAUCCAUGAUUUCCUUUGAAUGUACUAAAGAACCCCAUGCUGAUCUGGAAAGUGAAGAAGUGAAUGAGACAAAGAGGGAAGAGAAGCAAGCUAUGAUAACUGAAUUUAAGCAUCUGGAUGACAACAAUUAUCUAGAAAGUGAGCGGAUGAUGGAGAAGAAGAUGGAAAACAAACAUGAAAUAAUUGAUGAUAGCUCUCGAGCGGAGAAAUGUCUAAACUCUUCAACUCCUGCAGUAGAAAUUGACUCAAUCAAGGAGAAGAGGAAGAGGAGGAGGAAGAGUAAGAAGAAAGAAGAGAAGCAAGCUAUGUUAACUGAAUUUAAGCAUCUGGAUGACAACAAUUACUUAGAAAGUGAUUGGAUAAUGGAGAAGAAGAUGGAAAACCAACAUGAAAUAAUUGAUGAUAGCUCUCGAGGAGAGAAUUGUCUGAACUCUUCAACUCCUGCAGUAGAAAGUGAUUCAAUCAAGGAGAAGAGGAAGAAGAAGAAUAAGAAGAAAGAAGAGAAGCAAGCUAUGUUAACUGAAUUUAAGCAUCUGGAUGAUAACAAUUAUCUAGAAAGUGAUCGGAUGAUGGAGAAGAAGAUGGAAAACCAACAUGAAAUAGUUGAUGAUUGCUCUCGAGCAGAGAAUUGUCUGAACUCUUCAACUCCUGCUGUAGAAAGUGGCUCAAUCAAGGAGAAGAGGAAGAAGAAGAGUAAGAAGAAAAAAGAGAAGCAAGCUAUGUUAACUGAAUUUAAGCAUCUGGAUGACAUCAAUUAUCUAGAAAGUGAUCGGAUGAUGGAGAAGAAGAUGGAAAACCAACAUGAAAGAAUUGAUGAUAGCUCUCGAGCAGAGCAUUGUCUGAACUCUUCAACUCCUGCAGUAGAAAGUGACUCAAUCAAGGAGAAGAGGAAGAAGAAGAGUAAGAAGAAUGGGGAAGAACUCAUAAUUUCCUCGGAAGGUAAUAAACAACUACCUGCUGAUUUGGAAGGUGAUGCAGUGAAGGAUGAGACAAAGAGGGAAGAGAAAAAAUGCAUGGCAACUGAAUUUAAGUAUCAUGAUGACCGCAAGAUUGAUCCUUUAUUAACCUUAGAGAGUGAUCCAAUGAUGCAGGAGAAGAAGGUGACAAGAAAACACGACAUAUCUACUGGUGGUAACUCGCAAGAGGAAGACCUGAUUUCUUCAACACCUGCAGUAGAAGGUGAUCAAAUUAAGGAGGAGAAGAAGAAGAGGCGAAAGAAGAAGGAGAAAGAACCCUUGAUUUCCUCCGAGGGCGGUGAACAAUCACCUGCUGAUUUGGAGAAGCAUCUAGAUUUACUUUCUAACAAAGUGUUAGGCACCUCUAAAAUUUCACAAAUGGGUCCCAUGGAGAAGUCGUCUACUCAAUAUCCUCAAAAUACAAAAGAGGAGAGUGAAAAGAAAGAGAAGCCUAAUGUGAAUCAUGGCAUGCCAUCAAUAGGAGCUCAACCCACCCCUCCAAAAAGAAUUCUGAUUGUCCUCGAUGUGAAUGGACUGCUUGCUGAUACCUUCUUUGAUAUUGAGGGUAAAGCGCAUCGUCAAGGUCGUAAACCAGAUGGAAGGGUUGGCAGAAAAUCAGUUUUUAAGAGACCCUUCUGUGAAGAUUUCAUCAAGUUUUGCUUCGAAAGAUUUGAUGUGGGUGUCUGGUCAUCUGCAACAAUGAAAAAUGUGCAAGGAGUAGUCAACUUUUUACUUGGAGAUAUGGCAGGGAGGCUACUAUUUUCCUGGGACCAAUCGAUGUGUGGUGCAACAGGGUUGAAUAGUUUGGAGAACAGACAUAAGCCUUUGUUUGUUAAGGAACUGCAGAAAUUAUGGAAGAAAGAAAACCGAGAUCUUCCAUGGGAGGAGGGCAAGUACACACCAUCAAACACACUUCUGAUGGAUGAUUCUCCUUACAAAGCUCUUCGUAAUCCUCCCAACUCUUCAAUUUUUCCUCAUCCAUACAAAUUCACGGAUGAAAAUGAUACUGCUUUAGGUGAGGGAGGACAUCUUCGAGUUUUUCUUGAAGGAUUAGCUAUGGCAAGUGAUGUGCAAGAGUACGUUAGAGAACACCCUUUUGGUCAGCCUCCUAUUACACCUGGCCAUCCCGAUUGGAGCUUUUAUAAGCAAAUUCUCGAUACAUCCACCACCUAUCCAUCUGCUCGUCCAUCAUCCAUCCAUACAUCCACUAAGCCAUCCACCUAUCCCUCAUCAAGCCAUCCAUCCAUUAAACCAUCCACCAAUUCAUCAUGGGACCAUCCAUCCAUCAAUACGUCAUCCAACCAUCGAUGCAGUAAUAGAUCAAACCAUUUAGCGUCGACAUCCACCUUUACAUCAUCAUAUCAUUCAUCCAUAAAUGCAUCAUCCAACAAUCAAAUGAACAAUGCAUCGAACCAUCAGUCAUCCACAUCAACCCAUCCAUCUUCUGGCCAUCGAUUCACAUUCACAGAACCAUUCACCGACAGUCGUUUAAUUCAGCCAUAUCACCAUCCAUCCAUCAACCCACCCACCAGCAAUCCAUCGUUUAAUCAAUCCACCAUAUUUUAUCCACCAUACAUCGAUCCACCCACAAUGAACCAACCACAGUCCUUCCAUCCAUCCCACCUUCCAUCACGGAGCCAUCUAUCUUUCACUCCAUCCUUCCAUCCAUCCAUUCAUCCAUUUGCCACCCAGAGAUACUACUAUACACGCAAGAGGAGAUACCCAGAGUAGUCCUUUGAGUACGAUUUGUGGUCUUAAGACCCCAUUAUUUGAAAAAGGAUAAAACUUGGGAGUGCAUUCAUAUUUGUGAGGAAAUAAGUUGAGCUCGAAGAGCGACUCAUUCAGGUUUCAGCUGCUGGUUUUGGGGUUUUGUAAUCUCUUGUACCACAUUUGUUUUCUAUUUACUUGCUGAGAUUGUAGUAUUUUUAUUUACCUUGUAACGGAAACAAUGUAUCAAAGGUUUUUAUCUUUUUCUGGUAGUUUUCUUUCUAGUUCCCGCACUUUUCUUCUCGAGGAUUUUUAUGUAAUUAUAUGCAUUUUGAAACAUGGAGAUGGUGAAGAAGAUUCAAUUGUGUUAGGGAAUGGAUAUUUAAUCGUGUUUUGCGAUGGAAAA